CUGUAGCCACAGGGAUUUAGGUUGUGUUCCGAAAUGCUGCUUUGAUAUUUCGGGCUGCUUGCUAAGUUAAUUUUGUGGAGAGAUGAAUCCCUUCAAUGAUUUGAGCGAGCGCGGCAAAUCUACACAAUACUUCUUGGGAUUUGUACAUAUUCCAGCCGUAAUUUUUUCCUAAUGUGAAAGUAGGAAGCAAAAUAAAAGGAGCCGUCAACUUCGGCUGCUUAACCUCUACUUGCUUUCUUCAAGACAAUGCAGUGGUCUCCUACAUCUUCUUUGCAAGAGAGAUCUGUAUGUCUUGGAACGGCACCUUCCACUAGAGAUGAUGGUACAGUACCCACAUGAACCUGGGCUUAUGUGGAUUCCAAAAGGCAUGCAAGGGAGUCGGUAUAAAUAACAAGGGGCAUACUUUGGUAUUCUUCAGCCAAGUCUAGGAUCCCGCUCAUUGCUGGGCAUUCAGCUAUAAAGGCAGAUGCAUGAGCAUUGAGCAAAAUGUGCGUCAUUGACUAUUGGGCAGAACCAUGCUGCUCUUGUGGAAACUCAGUCUUGCAAGUUGGAGCUAUCUGUAUAAAUUGUGUCGAGAACUGGCUGCAGAGAAAGCCUAUAGUGCAACUUAAGCCAGCAAUCAACAUUACCCACCAACACUGGCUUAAGAGGCCAAAUUUGCUUAAUCACAGUAGUCAGCAGGCAGAUCCCAAUUCCAAGGUUUAAGGCUGUAAAUGCUAUUGAGCACAUACAACUUCCUGGAGAAGAUGUUUAACCAGUUCUUCAUCUUCGGAAGAACCAAAAAAGCCAAAAGUUGUAACAGAAGUACCGGGACCGCAAUCACGUAAUUUGUUCCAAGAACUAAAUGCAUUGCAAAGAUGAAAUGGGUUAUGUUAAAAUCUGUGACUGCAGCAAGCCUCUUCCGUACAAUUCUUCGCAGACUAUGAGAAAUCAGCAGGUAACUAUAUAGUGGAUGUUGAUGGAAAUGCUCUACUCGAUGUUUACAUGCAAAUUUCAUCAAUGCCUUUGGGUUACAAUCAUCCAGCUAUGUUAAAAGCUCUCACAGAUCCAGUUAAUCAGAGAAUUAUAGCAAAUAGGCCAGCAUUGGGUGUUUUUCCUGGAAAGGACUGGCCAAAUAGGCUAAAAAAGAUUAUGCUACAUAAAGAGGUUGCACCUCCAGGAAUGUCUCACAUCACAACUAUGAUGUGUGGCUCUUGUUCCAAUGAAAAUGCGUUUAAAAACAUUUUCAUUUGGUACGCUGACAAACAGAGAAAAGGCGCUCCAUUUACAGAACAAGAAGUAGCAACCUGUAUGAUGAAUCAAGUUCCUGGUGCUCCAAAAUUUUCGAUACUUUCAUUCAAAGGCGCAUUUCAUGGAAGAACAUUAGGAUCUCUUUCAGUAACGCAUAGUAAAUAUAUUCAUAAAAUAGACAUUCCAGCUUUUGAUUGGCCCAUUGCUUCAUUUCCUGACUAUAAAUAUCCAUUAAAUGAGAAUGUUCGAGAGAAUCAGCAAGAAGAUGAACGAUGUUUAGCUGAGGUCGAGGAAUUGUUUGAAAAGUAUAAUAAUGAAAAGAAAAUUCCUGUGGCUGGUGUAAUAAUUGAACCAAUUCAAUCAGAAGGAGGUGAUAAUCAUGCAUCCCCAGAAUUUUUCCAAAAAUUACAACGCAUAACAAAAAAGCAUGGUGCAGCAUUGUUUAUAGAUGAAGUACAAACAGGUGGAGGUCCAACAGGAAAAAUGUGGUGCCAUGAACAUUUUAAUUUAGAAUCUCCUCCGGAUGUAGUAACAUUUAGCAAAAAAAUGCAAUUGGGUGGCUAUUAUCACGUUGAAUCUUUAAAACCUAAGCAGCCAUUCCGUGUUUUCAAUACCUGGAUGGGAGAUCCUAGUAAAAUGGUAUUACUUGAAGCGGUUUUGGAUACAAUAAGAAAAGAUAAUUUAUUAGAUAGAGUUAAUGAUGUUGGUAAUUACACAAUGAAACAUUUAAUGAAUAUACAAAACGAGUUUUCGAGUGUGAUGAACUCUGUCCGAGGACGUGGAACGUUCAUUGCAUUUAACUUGACUUCACCUGAACUGCGAGACGCAGUAAUCAAGAAAUUAUUAAACAAAGGUAUCCAAACAGGUGGUUGUGGGAACACAGCUAUAAGAUUAAGGCCUGCCCUAACAUUUACACAAUCUCAUGCAGAUAUAUUUUUGGAUGCUCUUCGUUCUGUUUUAAAAACAUAAUUUUUUAAUAACUGCAUUUAAAACUACAUUUCACGUGGCUUCCAAAAUCAAGUCUUCCAAUAAAAGAGAUUAUACGUAUUAUUUUAAUAUACUUAUAUAUACGGUUAAUAAUAUAUACAAUUUAUAUUAUUAACCGGUAUAUUAUUUUUUAUAGCGAUUUUGUCAUACAAAUAGAAUAAACAAUAAUUGUUAUAUAAGUAUUAUUUAUAUUUAUGUAAAAAACUUUACAAUAUCUUAUAGUAUUACUUAGUAUCACUUUUAGGAUAUUGUAUUCUAAUGUUUUAUCAAACUGGUUGGAUUUGCAUAUAAAUCCUAUUUUGUUUGUUCUUUAAUGUACAAUACAUAUUAUCAUGGUUACACGAAAAAUGUAAAAUCAAUUUGUCUUCCAAAAGAAUGAUUAAAAAGAGACAUUUAAUGCAUUUGCCAGUUUUUAUAUUUCCCUUUCAUCAGACUGCGUAUA